AUGGUGAAGCCGUGGGAACCCCAGGGUGCCCUUCCCGCUCCCCCUGGCAUGGUGAGGAAGGGUCUGCUGGUCCCCAGAGCACAGGACACCUCGAACGCCACCGUGCCUAGCAUGACCAAAACGGGCACCAGUGGAGGGUCCCGCAGUGACUGGCGUCCGGGACCCAGCGUCCGGGACCCCAGCGUCUGUGACCCCAGCGUCCGGGACCCCAGCGUCUGUGACCCCACUGUCCAUGACCCCGGCAGCUGUGACCCCAGCAUCCAUGACCCCACUGUCUGUGACCUCAGCACCUGUGACCCCAGCGUCCGGGACCCCAGCGUCUGUGACCCCAGCGUCCGGGACCCCAGCGUCUGUGACCCCAGCGUCCGGGACCCCAGCGUCUGUGACCCCAGCAUCCGGGACCCCAGCAUCUGUGACCCCACUGUCCAUGACCCCGGCAGCUGUGACCCCAGCAUCCAUGACCCCACUGUCUGUGACCUCAGCACCUGUGACCCCGCGUCUGUGACCCUACAACUGUGA